UUUUCGGACAGAUGUUUCCCUCCGGAGAUAUUAUUUCCAAGUACAUCCCUUAACCAGCUAGCGGAAGAUAAACAGAACCCGUGUUCGAGAUGGCAGAGACUCACAGCUUGCAGGAGUUGAGGCAGCAGGCAACCGUCUCCACCAAAGUCUUCAUCCAGAGAGAUUACACCAACGGCACUGUGUGCCAGUUCCAAACCAAGUUCCCCUCUGAGCUGGAGAACAAGAUCGACAAACAGCAAUUCGAGGAGACGGUGCGGACACUGAACAACCUUUAUGCCGAGGCAGAGAAGCUGGGAAGCCAGUCCUACAUUGAAGGAUGUCUGGCGUGCCUCACAGCUUACACCAUCUUCCUGUGUAUGGAGACUCACUACGAGAAGGUUUUGAAGAAGAUUGCAAAGUAUAUACAGGAACAGAAUGACAAGAUCUACGCACCACGAGGCCUCCUGCUGACCGACCCCAUCGAGAGAGGCCUGCGAGUCAUUGAGGUGACCAUCUUUGAAGACAGAAGCCUGACGAGAUAAAAGCUCACGAGCGCUAGAGUUUCCCUCCCCGAGGACCCGCCGGACCCGCCGGACCUGCGACCUUAACACUGCGUCUCUACAAUCGAUCCCUUUCCAGCUCCUGCUGCAUCAUGUGCAUGUCUCCUUCACAUCAUCCUUUAUGACCAAGUUUCAGGUUCCGUUCGUGACUCCACAACAUGUUGGAACAUUAUUUGUGAUUUUAUUUUUUAUUUUUGUGCCCAUUUGACUUGGGGGGUGGGGGGGGGGUCAUACAGUAUAUUUAUAUUUAGCCAAAACAUAUGUAGAAUGACCUGGAAGGUUUUUCUCAGAGUUAAUACGUAUUGUUAAAGCCAUUUUCUUUCAGAGUAAAAAGAAACCUUUUGAAUAGUAGAAUUUGUGGAUUUAUGUGAACUUUUAUAUAUUUCUUUGAGUACUAAAGCUGAGGCCCAGGUCAGCUUGGUGAGGUGUAAUGUUGAUGUGACAGAGGAAUAGAUUCAGUCAUGUAAAGAAGCCACUGGUUUUGAGCAGCAUUAGUUGCAUAUACUGUAACGUCACAUUUUCUUAAAUGUAUUGAUCUGUUUUUCACAAAGGUGCUCGGACAUUUGUAACUUCUCUUAAAGUUUCACUGUGAAGGUUUAACCUCAUGUCUACAGUUCCCAAGAGCCCCGGCAUGGAUUUUAUCGUUGAUGUACAUAUUGAUUUGAAAUAUUGAGUUAGUGUUUAUUUUUGGCAUGUCAUACUGUAAAAUACGGCACCUUAAGUAUUUGUUAUUAUUGGAACUCACUAUAUCUAAUAUUUGGUGACUAAUGUUGAUUUUUCUUUCGGACUCAUGUCUCAUAGUCAUUUAUUCUUUUAUUGUGAGAUUGCCUUUGAGUGAAGUGUUAUAAGUGCUCUUUAGCUGACAGUGCCUGGAGUGUCCUUGAAUGUUGCCUUUAUGUAAGUGUGAAGGCCCGGUCACACCGCCGUUAAAAAACGAAUACAUCGAACUGUGAUUAUCGCCGCGUCAGCGCAGACGUUUCACACCAGGUCCAACCUCAGCUGUCUCCAAAAGUUUGACAUGAAAUUAUUCAAAACAGUUGCCUGGUCUGGAAAGUAUCAGGACUCAAAAGUCUGAAGAAUGAUAGCGUGCCUCAUCCAGAAGUCUGGACGGAUCCUGGGAGAUGUUCGCAAUUUGGCUGUUGUAAAAAUGUUCAAUGAAACCUGAAGUUUGCUGGCGAACGAUGCGAGAUUACUGCAGCCGUACUCCCUGCAGUGUUUGCUGACGGUGUCAAUGCUGUGAACCGUCCGUGAUCCGUGGAGUUUACUAUCGAGACUCAGACUCCCAGCGUGUCCAGAGACGUGGCGUUUGUCCCGGCACACGUAGCAGGACCAACGGUGUGACUGGGCUGAGGCGCAGAGAUCACGUCAGAUUUAUUCUGUUGGGUUUUAUUCCACAGUAAAGCUUCAGGUUGUCAUGGUAAAGCUGCUAACGCCAGCUGUGUUCAGUGUCCUGAAUGUGGUCAGAACGAAGCAUCUUCAAAUGUUUCAUGUUGAGGUCUGAAUUUUAGAAUUUGCAGUUAAAGAAGCAACAAUGAUCUUACUGUGUAAAUAAAGUAUUGUUUAAUAUUUUGGAUGUACUCACUAACUGUACAUUGUUUAUCUUGAGUCCAGCUAAUUGAAUGUUUCUGUUAUUUGUAAUGUAUUGUUACACUUAAAGGUUGUAUGCUAAUAA